AUGAAUCAAAUACUCUCCAAAGUAGGACACACUAUUCCUUUUCCCGAGGUCGAAAACCUGGCCGACCCAGACGACGCCAACUCAUGGACAUGCGCUGCUUGUCGCCUCCCGAUAUUCUCCACCCCUUUCGUCGUACAUAAAUCGGAGGGCAGCAAUCUCCUGCUUCACGACCAAUGCUCCGACGAAUCUCUCCCUCCCCAACUCACGGGCCAUCCCAUGCACCAGAGGGGAACCCUCAUCCUCCGACACCGCCUGGAAGAACAUUCGUCAACUACACCCGACGAAGAAGACGAGACUGGAUAUUAUUGCAAAAGAUGUUGGUCGAUUUGCGGGAGCAAAUUUUACGAGUGCCCUAUGGGUGAUGUUCGAGACUGUGGUUUCAGGCUCGACCUCCCGUGCGCCCUGUCGAUCACGGUCUUACACAGGAGCCACGAGCACAGGUUGACAGCUGUCAACGGGCAUGCGUGGUCUAAGUCGUCUCACUCAUUCGUCUGCAGCGCGUGCGGGGAACGACACACCACACCGCCUGGUAAAGAAAUUAGUGGCCUAUUAUCUGAACUUAUCACUGGUUCUGAUCAAUUAUUGGUCGCGAGACCAUUCAAAGAUGCGGUAAAAGCGUACGCGUGCACGAGCUGCGAUUUCUGGAUUCAUCCCGACUGUGCGCUUCUUCCUAAUGCCAUCGUCGACAUAUUAUGCCACGGGCACCCUCUUCUCCUUGGAUAUUCUAUUAACAGACUCAAUAGAAGCUGCAACAUUUGCAAAAGCGAAAUCACGGCUUUCGGGUUCUACGCCUGUGUCGCUUGUCGCUAUUAUGUUCAUAUCGACUGUGCUGUUAACUCGAGACAUCAUAGAUUCGAGCCCCUGUUGGUUCGUGAAGCAGAGUUCCCGAAUCUACUUCGUCUGCCGAUGGAAAACGAGCAUGCUAGCGCGAUGCCGCGUAUUAUGAAAAACAAGAUACCCACGUACCCGUUGUUUCGUCUCGGAAAUACUAAUCGUUACGAUCAUCCAAUUAGUUCUAGGAUUAGCCAUUCAACACUUACUCCUCAUACAGAUAUACGCGAAUUGUUUUCGCCACAAACUAUCAGAGUACACGAGCAUCCCUUGAUCUAUCAUGAUGACGCUCACAAUGACAUUGUUCGUGUUUGCAAUGCCUGCACUCAAAUUAUUCUUCCACCCGAUCCAUUUUACAGUUGCGCAAAUAAUAAUAAUAAUACAUGCAAAGAUUUCUUUCUGCACAGCUGUUGUUCCGAUUUUCCCAGAACUUUUUUGUCCUACCACAGCGGCAACUGUUCGUUUAGACCAAAGGUAGCCACGAAGCCCUUUAAUGUAUUCGAGUGUGUGGUUUGCAAGCACAAAUGCAAUGGGUCCGCUUACUAUAUCGAAGAACAGCAAAACUAUAUGGAUGUCGUUUGUGCCUUAAUGCCUCACUCAAUCACGCACAGUGCCCACGGGAAGGCCCAUAUUCUUCAAGGGAGGUGGGAAAUCGGCGAGUUCUACGAAUAUCUUAUGAGCUUGACGUGUAAAUGCUGCCUCGAAAAAAUAAAUGACGAUACGAUAACUUCAUAUACGUGUAGCAAUUGUCGAAGCUUCUCCAUCCACCCGCACUGCGCUCUUCUCCCGGACACGGUCAGCCAAAAAUUCGACCGACACCCUUUGAAGCUAAUCACAAGCUCGAGCAGAGGAGAAGAAGAAGAAGAAGAAAAAAACAGGCUUUGCGAGAUUUGCGAAAAGGACAUGGAUUGGAGAAAAUGGCACUACGGCUGCGAAGAAUGUGAACAAUAUUUUCACGCGAACUGCAUUCCUUGUCUCGAUCGUCUGUCAAAGAUUAAGAUUGGUUUUGAGGUUUGGGUCGGGUGCCAUGAGUGUCCGGUUGCCUGCGUUCGGGCUGUUUCGGUUGAUGGAUACCUGUGUGGCCAUUGUGGAAAAAGCAUAAGGGAGAGUGAUGAUAUAGCAUUUGAAUGCUCUAAAUGUUAUUUUAGGAUGCAUGAAGGGUGUGUCCAGGAGCUAAUGAUAAAAACUUGA